AAAGACAGCUCUGGCUAGCUUCUUCUGAAGACUGCUCCACUCUGAAGACUAAGUCCUAACCCACUGGCUCCCUUGGAUCCCUUGGUGCUAAGUCAAUUUUCAGACAAAGCUGCUUUAGAAAGAGUGGAGAGCCAAGGACAAAGAAAUCUCCCCUUGACUAAGUUAGGUGUGCCAGCUACUCAGCCACAGCCUAGUGGUCAUCUGGAACAUCCAUGGAGCUCCGGAAGCUGCUGGGCAUUGAAUUUCUGCUGUGUUCUGUGACUUGCUGCCUAUUAUAGACUGUAGUUUCCUCUCGUCCUAUAUCCGACUUUGUAAUGGAAGACAAAGCAGAACUGAAACCAUGCAUAAAGGACAACCAGAGGUCCUGGAUGGGCAACCUCAGAGAUUACUUGUGGGAUGUCAUCAAGACCUCCAUACUUCCAGCAGCCACUUUUGCGUUCCUUGUCACCUCGGCACUAAUGGGGAUCCUCUGCUGCCUUCGUAAGCUCCUGUGGGAUGAGGAGAGGGGAGGAGAAAAGGAAUAUGAGGGAGGGACAGAAACAGUCAAUUAA